CUAUAAUUCAUCUUACUCAUCUACCCUCGACAUCUCAUUACAACACUCCAAAUUUUGCAACCAAGAACUUCAUUUUGUGGAGAUUUGUCCUGUUCUUGGAUAAUGGCACCUCCAGUGUCGACGACGGCCCUUGUAAUUCAAUUGAUGUAGGAGGUUAUGCACAACAAUCAACUUGAUGUUAUUGCAAUGAUUCUCAUCUAUCUACAACGCAACCGAAGGGGGCUGAACCAAAGAUCUUUACGAGCUAUUUAUAGUCGUCUGCGUAGGAUACCAGACCAAGUCAAGCAUAUUAAUCGCUUGGUCCAUGUAUCCGAUGUGGCAUGUGUAGAAAACUUGCGCAUGAAUCGGAACGCUUUCGGAAGGUUAUGUCGCAUAUUCAGACAGAAUGGUGAUCUAAAAGACAACAAGUUUGUGAUGGUUGAGGAACGGGUUGCGUUGUUUCUACCUAUCUUGGCACACCACAAGAAGAUCAAAGUUGUCAAAUUUGAUUCCGCACGUUCUGGAUACACAGUUUCAUACUAUGUUCAUCGUAUCCUACGAGCUGUGAUUAGGUUGCAAGCUUCUCUAUUAGCUACUCCUGAACCGGUAACAGAUGAAUCUACUAACAACCGAUGGAAGUGUUUCCGGGGUGCCUUGGGCUAUAGAUGGGACUUAUAUUAGCUUACAAGUGCCCCAGGCUGAUAAGCCUCGGUAUCGUUCACGAAAAGGUCAAAUUUGCACAAACACCAUAGCCGUGUGUGACCGGAAGAUGAAGUUCGUAUAUGUGCUGCCGGGGUGGGAGGGCUCUGCAGGAGAUGCUCAGGUCCUCCGCGAUGCUGUGAAUCACCCCAAUGGAUUGAAGGUUCCUCGAGGUGGCAUGAGAAAACCGUUUAUACUUGAUUGUUUUG